AUCGGUCCCACGACUGAGGAGAAACCACUAGCCGGACAGGAGAGCGUUCGUUAAACUACUUAACUGUGAUGGAGUGGUUUACCCUACUUCUCUUAGUGACUGUCGUCGUCCUUUGUUUUCGGCUUCUCUUCCUUCAGAACAACCCGAACGCCCCUCCGUGCAUCAGAGGAUGGAUCCCGUGGGUUGGAGCUGCCUUUGAGUUUGGAAAAGAGCCUCUGCAUUUCAUUGCACGUGCAAGAGCUAAGUAUGGGCCUGUCUUUACAGUUCUUGUUGCUGGGAAGCGGCUGACCUUUGUUACGCUCCAUGAAGACUUUCGAACCUUUUUCAUGUCCAAAGAUGUUGAUUUUGAACAAGCAGUGCAAGAGCCUGUUCGCAAUACAGCAUCCAUUAGCAAAGAGAGCUUUUUUAAAUUCCAUCCAGCCUGUAACACAAUGAUUAAAGGAAGACUGACACCAGGCAACACAGCCUUGCUGGUGGACCACCUGUGUGAAGAGUUCAACAAUCAUUUGGAGCUCUUGGGGAGGAAAGGAUCUGGUUCUCUCAAUAAGCUGGUCAGGAGUGUCAUGUACCCAGCUGUGAUGAGUAACCUAUUGGGUAAAUCCAAUUCACCCAAGAGUGCCCUGGAAAAGCAAAAGUUCAUUGAGAAGUUCACCACUUAUGAUGAUGGAUUUGAGUAUGGAUCCCAGCUCCCUGAUAUGUUUCUAAAGGAAUGGGCCAGUGCUAAGGAGUGGCUUUUGUCUCUGCUGGAGAACAUGAUUGUCAGAGCAGUGGAUAACCACUCUAAUGAAAGUGGGGGUGAGACAUUGCUGCAGCACCUCGUAACCACAAUAACAGAUAGAUUUCUACCCAAUUAUGGAUUACUAAUGCUUUGGGCCUCCCUUGCCAAUGCAAUACCAAUAACGUUUUGGACCCUUGCCUUUAUCUUGUCCAACCCCAGAAUAUAUAUGACUGCCAUGGAUCAGGUCAACUCUGUCAUCAAAGACCAAGACAAGAAGAACACCAAGGUGUCCAUGGAUGACCUGCACAAUGUACUGUACGUGAAGUGGUGUAUCAUGGAGGCUAUUCGUCUAAGAGCUCCUGGAGCGGUCACACGCAGAGUAGUGCAACCCCUCAAAGUACAGAAUUACAUCAUUCCACAAGGUGACUUAUUGAUGUUGUCUCCUUAUUGGGCUCACCGAGAUCCAAAAUACUUUCCAGAUCCAGAGGACUUCAAACCUGAACGAUGGGAGAAGGCAGAUUUAGCAAAGAAUGUGUUCUUGGAAGGCUUUGUGGCAUUUGGUGGGGGCAAGUACCAAUGCCCAGGAAGGUGGUACGCAAUAAUGGAAUUACAUCUGUUUGUUACUCUGAUUCUCUACAAAUUCAGAUUUACUAUUCUGGAUCCAGUACCUAAACCGAGUCCUUUACAUUUGGUGGGAACCCAGCAGCCUGAUGAACCAUUUAGGGUGGAGUACAUCCAUAGAUAAAAGGCAGUUUGCAAACAUCUAUGCUUUAAGGGCUGCUAGCAGUGAAAGAUUAAAAACUUAUUAUUCUUA